AGUAUGAGGGGUUGGUGCUUGAGCACCCUGCAGGUGAAGAUGGGGAAAUCAAAGAACUGGGAGAAGCCCGUAGAACCACCGUGCAAUGGCGGAAGGAGAACAUUGUGUUUCCAGGUGAGAAGCCAACAAGCAGGCCACCUCCGCCUCCUCCGCCACCUCAGUCUCCUCCGCGUGAUGAUUCUCCUCUGCGCGAUGAUGAUUCCCCUAUCCAUGACCAGUCUCCUCCGCGUGAAAAUACUCCGCCGCCUCCUCCUCCUCGUCAGGAGACUCCGCCGCUUCCACCUAAGCAAAAGAGGAAGCGGUCCGCGGCACCUCCUACAGCUCCGAAGAGAUCAUCAACUCCAAUGAGGGAACAGACUCCAGAGUUGUUGCCACAUGAGCAGACUGAAGAGCAAAAGGCGUUUCUUGCAACUGCGCCGAAGAAGAUGUUUAUUCCACCGCAGACAGUGAAGCACUUUGCCGAGACGAGAAUGAAGAGACCUGAGCUGAGAGCUGAUUAUGACCGCUCUCUUGGACAGUCCUCUAGAGCGAUGAAAGAAGCAAAAAAAGUCGCCCAGCUUGGACAGCAGGACAUUCAGGCCGCACCCCACUUCAUCGUGGAGCCAUAUCAUGAUCCAGAGACGGCAUCGAUGAUCGAACGGGCGGCUAGAGCUCAGGGAGCAUCAGUUGAGUACGAAGAUUACUAUCCAACGGCUCAAGUGGUAAACAAGUAUAGAUACGGAUCUGAUCUCGUCAAACCUGGCGAGCUCGCGCGUCUAGGGACUCAGAUGCGAAGGUUGCAUGACUGGUACCUGAAAGCCUGUCGAAGAUGUGAAACCUACAUCACGGUGUAUCUUAGAGAUGAGCAUUACUUCCGGGGGGAAGACGAGAUAAACAUUGAGUUAGAAGAACUGUUUCAGUUAUUCAAUCAAGACGCCCUCGACAAAGCUGUCAUCAGUUGCUACUGCCUAAUGAAGAAGCUGGAAUACAAAAGAGGCAAGCUCCUACCGCUGGGGUUCAUAGACCCAAACACAGUUCAUGAAGUUACGGUUCGAGACUUCGCCAAGGACACAGAGGACAACAUCGUAAUGUUUUUAGAGAAGCAAGCAGACAAAGAGGAUAUAUUCUUUCCCUACAACUUCAAUUUCCAUUUUAUUCUCCUAAUCAUUGAUCUUCACCUUGGAGUCGUAAACGUCAUGGACUCGAAACGUAAAGAAUAUGCGGAAUGGGCGGACAUGGCUGCCAUCCUCCAGAGGGCUUGGAAACGGUUCAUCAAUACUGUUCCGGGUGAAUGGAAACCGGAGCUUACAUUUAGAGAUUACCCUUGUAUGAGGCAGGAAAAAGGGAAUAACUUAUGUGGAUACUACGUCUGCACCUUCAUGCGUGACAUGUCCUGUCCCAAGGGUGGGGAUGCCCAAAUACACCACACUCGUAUGACACGCCUGCGGGACACUCUCAUAACAGCGGAUCAAAUAAAAGCAAUUCAAGAGGAAAUCGCGGGAUUCUUUAUUACCGAGGUCCUUACCCCAGGUGGAGAGCACUAUCGGAAGAUCGUGACGGCGGAGGAUAUUCGUUCAGGAAAAGUUGUAUUGUAAAUAUGCAUGCAUUACGUGUACUGUGUUGACUAUGUCGUGUACUGUUGACGAUGUCUAUAUAUAUU